AAACUUUUUCAUAUAUAAAUUUCAAAAUAGUCCAAAUAUCCCUCCCUCUUUCACCCUCUUUCCUUACACCUUUUGUCUUCAAACCCUUUACUCUUUUAGUUUCUUCAAUGGUAACCCUUCUUCAAGCAUCAUUCUUUUCUCUUCUUUCCAUAUUUACCCUUCAAUGCCAUUUAGCUUCUUCAGCUAUUCUAUACAGCUUGAAACACCAUCACAGCUAUCUCCACCAUCAAAGACCAAUGAUUCAUGCCAAUCAAACAAACUGUCCUUUGUUUGUUGGAACAUGGAUUCCUGAUGACACUGACCCUUUUUACCAAUCUUCAAGUUGCCCCAUCAUAGAUCCACAGUUCAACUGCAAAAUGUUUGGUCGUCCAGAUUCUGAUUACCUUAAAUAUAGAUGGAGACCCCUUAACUGUGAGCUCCCAAGGUUCAAUGGUGUUCAGUUUCUGAUGGAAAUGAGAGGCAAAACUAUCAUGUUUGUUGGUGACUCUUUGGGGAGGAAUCAAUGGGAAUCAUUGCUAUGUAUGAUAUAUGCUGCAGUUCCUCAGUCACAAACACAACUUGUUAGGGGAGAACCACUUUCAACCUUCAGAUUCUUGGACUAUGGUGUGACCAUUUCAUUUUAUAGAGCUCCUUAUUUGGUAGAGGUUGAUGUGGUCCAAGGGAAGAGAAUUCUGAGGAUUGAGGAGGUAGAUGGAAAUGGUGAUGCUUGGAGGAAUGUUGAUGUCUUGUCUUUUAACUCUGGACAUUGGUGGACACAUCAAGGAUCUCUUCAAGGGUGGGAUUAUAUAGAAUCAGGAGGCAAAUACUACCAAGAUAUGGAUCGUUUAGCAGCUUUUGAAAAAGGAUUAAAAACAUGGUCUAAUUGGGUGGACACCAAUAUUGAUCAAAGAAGAACCAAAGUGUUCUUCCUUGGAAUUUCUCCUUCACACACCAAUCCAAAUGAAUGGAGUUCAGGAGUAACAACAGUAACAUCAAAGAAUUGCUAUGGUGAAACAUCACCAAUCAUUGGUACAGGCACAACAUACCCUGGUAUGUAUCCAGAGCAAAUGAGGGUUGUAGAUAUGGUGAUUAGAGAAAUGAACAACCCUGUUUAUCUUCUAGACAUAACAAUGUUAUCAGCAUUUAGAAAAGAUGCACAUCCUUCCAUUUAUAGUGGUGAUUUGAGUCCUCAACAAAGAGCUAACCCAACUUACUCAGCUGAUUGUAGUCAUUGGUGUCUUCCUGGAUUACCUGAUACUUGGAAUCAGCUGUUUUACACAGUUUUGUUCUACUAAUUGAUUUUGUGUUUUAUUAGUAGCUAAUUAAUUAUUUAACACAAUUCUAGUUAAGUAUUUUUUUUUUUGGAUGUUUUUAUAAGUAGGUUAAUGCAUUUAUUUAGAGGGUUGCAUGAUUGGAAUUUGCAACCGUUUUCAUAUGUAAAAGUAUAUGCUAAUUAUGUAGUGAUGUAAAGACAUAUAUUUCCAAAGAGAAUUAGAAAAAUUAGCUAGGCUUACUUCUCCUUCUGUUUUGGAAA